AUGAAGAACGGGAUGACAAAAUGCAGUGUCUGCCAUUCUAGAUCGGUAUUCUCAAGUGCCAAAAAUGUCUCAAGGGUUUAUGAUCUGCACAGGAGAAAGAUAUCAUCAAAGCAUCGCACCCUCAAUGUCUUCUUAGUUGUUGGUGAUUGUAUCCUAGUUGGUUUACAACCUAUUUUGGUGUUUAUGUCCAAGGUGGAUGGAAAUUUCGAGUUUAACCCUAUUAGUGUUAACUUUGUGACUGAGAUUUCGAAGGUUAUAUUUGCAAUUGUUAUGCUUUUGCUCCAGGCUAGGCGUCAGAAAGUUGGAGAGAAGCCUCUUCUCUUAGUUUCCGCAUUUGUGCAGGCUGCCCGCAACAAUGUGCUUCUUGUUGUACCAGCAUUUCUAUAUGUUAUCAAUAACUACCUUAAGUUAAUCAUGCAACUUUAUUUUAAUCUCGAAACUGUGAAGAUGCUUAGCAAUUUGAAGGUUUUAGUAAUUGCUGUUAUUUUGAAGAUAAUUAUGAGACGUCAUUUUUCCAUGAUUCAGUGGGGAUGUUGGUUGAUCCUAGAGAGACACGAGCUGGUGUAUAAGAGGAUUAUCACGUAA